AUGCCCCCAUCUGCUAACACAAACCUGGGCUAUACUCCUCUAGAUGGAGGCUGGGGUUGGGCUGUGGUGUUUGGGUCUUUCAUCUCCAUCAGCUUCUCUACUUACACCUUCCUCAAGUCUCUCACAAUCUACUUCAAAGAAAUCCAGGAGUCUGUAUCUGUGUAUCUGUCUGUCUGUCUGUCUAUCAAACCUGUCUGUCUGUCAUGUCUGUUUGUAUUUCCUCUCAUAUUUCCCACUUGCAGCAUUCUAGUGAACCGCUAUGGUUGCCGCCCAGUUGUGAAGGCUGGUGGACUAAUGGUGGGGGCUUCUUUUGGCACUACCAUUUUGCAUUUCUAUAUAUGCGUGGGAGUCAUUGGAGGUUUUGGCUUAGUUUUUAACCUACAACCAGCUCUUAAAAUAAUUGGUAAAUACUUCCUUGUGAAACGGCCAGUAGCUAAUGGUCUGGCUAUGGCAGGAAGCCCGGUAUUUCUGUCCACCCUGGCUCCUCUUAACCAGUUUCUAUUUGACAAGUUCAGAUGGAGAGGGAGCUUCCUCAUCCUUGGAAGUUUGUUGCUCAGCUGCUGUAUGGCUGGAUCCCUUAUGAGACCCAUCAACAGAGGAGUGAAGGAAGCAGUAAAAUCCCAGCUCACGUCCAAGCAGUCAGGCUGUGCUGCGAAGGUCAACCAAUUCAAUGACAUUUCCCUUUUUAAACACAGAGGUUUCCUUAUCUACCUAGUGGGGAAUGUGGUCAUGUUUUUUGGAUUUUUCUCCCCGGUGGUCUUCCUGGCACCUUAUGCCAAGCAUAGGGGGAUAGAUGAGCACUCUGCAGUAUUCCUGCUCUCCAUAUUUGCUCUGGUGGACAUGUUUUCCUAUCCAGGAACGGGUCUGAUAGCCAACACAAGGUGGAUCAGGUACAAGAUCCAGUAUUUCUUCAGCUUUGCCGUGGCAUAUAAUGGCAUUUUACACCUCAUGUGUCCACUCUUACCAGGUUAUAUAAGGCUGGUAAUGUAUGCUGUGUUUUUUGGAAUGGCUUUUGGAAUGGUGUGUGCUUUUCUGUUUGAGGUCCUAAUGGAUUUGGUUGGCACCCAGCAGUUAUCCAGUGCUGUUGGGCUUGUCACUAUUAUUGAAUGUGGACCUGUCCUACUGAGGUCACCGAUCUCUGUUAAACUGGUGGACAUCUUCAAUGACCACACAUACAUGUAUUUUGCUUGUGGUGUGAUGAUGCUGGUAGCAGGAGUUUUCCUCUUCAUCAUGAACUAUUACAACUGCAGAUGGCUUGAACAGGAAGAUAAACAUAGAAAGGUGGAGGAGCUACAGAUCGGAGCUGCCAAAGACCUGGCUGCUAUGGAGGUGGCCAAAGACAAAAGAGUAGAGCUAAAACUCAAUUUGGAGGACAAGGCAACACACUCAACCUAUAAAUAGCUCUGACUCAAUAUUCCUGUUCAUAUGUUUUUCUUAUGUUAGAAACUCUUUUUAAAUAUAUACAGGAUUAGCAAUAAAGUGUUUAUAUUACACCACCAAUCCAAUCCAAUGCAUGUCCUGUAACCCCCAAUACAACAUAACGUGGCAACUAUGUUUUUAUAAACCAACAUUUAUUAGUAUUUUUUUUCUUCUUAAUUUUAUUAUAUGAUCUAUUGCUUUAUUGGUUGUCUUUGUACAUUACUUUGUACAUUAUUAUAAUAUUAUAUUAUAAAUCCAGCAUGUAGGCCUAUGGUGGCUAACAUUUUGUACUGAUCCAUCACAGCCCAACAAC